UAUGCAUAUUCUUGCUUCAGGUCCUGAGCUACAGGCAGUUAGAUUUGGGUAUGUCAUUUUAGGUGAAAAUUGACAAAAAAGGGGCGGAUCCUUAUUAAGUUUGGUCGAAAACUCUGUGCUAUGCCAAACAGUAAACUACUUGUAACUACGAAUGGAGCAUCACAUUAGCCCGUUACAGUUUGUUAGCUAGCCUACAGAUGCUUUACAGUUAAAAGUUAAAUACACCUUUGUCGCACUAAGCCAAUAGUGAUGGGAAUUUCCGUUAUAUUAUUUGAUGUAGAAAUACCGGCAUGAUAUACUGUCAGAUGAGCUAUCUGGUAGUUGGAUCAAAUGCUACAUAGUAGCAGGCCAACUGUACGUGUGCGUGACAACAUUAUUUCGCAGCAACAAUACCCCUCCAUUAUGACGCAAUUAUUGAGUGAUCAUGUUAUCGCUAGUAGCCUUCAUUACUGCUCUCAGCGCAUUGGACAAUUAUUGGAGUCCAUCAAUAAUGCAUUGGACGAGCGCGUUCAUUACAUUUAGUCAGUAAAUAAAUAUUUGAACGACUUUACUCUUGUGAUUUGGAAUUUCGUGCGUCUACGCUUGUGUUCAUAAGCAGCAAGAUGCCUUAUCCACAUAGAGUGGUGAAUAUUCCCACGGGAUUCAAGGACUUGCUUGAGGGAGUGAGCAAGGCUGUGAUGAAGUAUCAACCGGAGAGUAUCCCCGCCUUCGCAGCGGGCUUCUUCAAUGCGCUUCUUAUCUUCAGAGACGAGAAGCCAGGCAUGCCUAUCCAUGAGCUUAUUAAAGAAUUCAGGGCUACAAAAGGCUCUCAUUUCUACAGGAAGAAGAAUAAAGCUGUACAACCACAAGUACAGCCGCAGGUCACUGUCCAAGGUCCUGAAAGGUCCCCCCAUCCCAAGCCAAUCCCGGAGUGGGAGGCAGGCCCGUUGCUAAUGGAAGCUAGAUGUGAGGAUGUCAGGGAGCCUUUCUCCUUCAUCUCUAGUGACCAGCCCUGCAGCAGCCGAGACAUCCAGGCUAUGGAUGCAGUGGCAGGAGCUUCUACUGACGGUGGCCAGAACGAGUUUGGCCUGCAGGUCUCUGCCACCACCAUCACACUGUCCCCAGGGCCCAUCCCAGCAGACGUUGCCCAGGGCCUGGCCCUGUACCGACGCAAGAUUGACCUAGAGUCAUCCCCCCGGGACUCUCCUCCACUCGGGGCUUCCGCCAACAACUCCUGUGCGCGUGUCCGUUCGGCCCUCUUCGAGCGGGUCUCCAUCAGUGAGAUCAGCCAGGAGUUGGAUGCGGUGCUGAUCCGGACUGGCGUGCUCCCAUCAGAGUCCCUGAUCAUCGUGCAGACAGAGCAUGUACCCAAGAUGAUUGUGUUCCAGGCUCAUCCCCUAUUGGCUGAGAACGCAGCAGUGGCUCCGCCUCCGUGUGACGCCCCUGUCAGGUAUAAGUGCAGCUGUGCCUCAAUGGUGGGCGCCAUCGAAGACGUGGUGGCACCAUUGGAGAUGGCCGGUGCAUCUCAGCCCAGCUAUCCCAUCUGUGAGAGAGCAGGUCCCGUGGUGGAGAGACCAGCUGCUAUGGUCGCUGAGCCUGAGGAGUCUCCAGCCCUUGGAGACAAGGUUGUACCCCUUGAGGUCCACUCUGCACCAGUCGAACCCCAGGAGAUGACACCCUCAAGGCCCUCCAUCCCAGUUGGAACACUGGAGCUCCCUGUUUCAGCCCCUGCUGUGUCUGACUCCCCUGCUGUGUCUGACUCCCCUGCUAUGGCUGUCCAAGAGGUGCAGAUUAGUUUGACCGAUCGUCCUCUCUCAGUCAUCCUACACUCCCUCUCUGGUGCAACUUCACCAUCCGAGACAGCAGAGGAUGUGAUGCUGGUUCCUAUGGUAGUGUCCCCUCCUGAAUCAGUCAAAAGGGUGGUGAGAGAGUCCUCUGAUCUUCUGUGUCCUCUUCCUGCAGCGACAUUGGAGACUGAGUCUGUUAGUGUGAUUUGUCCCCCUCCUUCUCCAGUGACUGUGCAGAUCCAGUCUUCCAUUCUGGCUUCUCCCCUUACUGCUGCAACCGUGGAGACAGAAUCCUCCAAUCGGAUUUGUCCUUCUUCUGUGGUCAGCGUGGAGACUGAAUUGGCCGAUAUGCUAUCUCCUUCUGCUGCAGAGACAGCGGAGGCCGAAUGUUCUGUUUUGACCUGCCCCCAUACUGCAGUGACCGACGACUUUGUGGCCCCUGUUUCUGUGUACCUUCCUGUUGUGGCACCAGAAGAGACCGGUGUCCCCAGUGUGCAGCUCCCAGCUCCCGCGCCUGCCUUGACAGAGGAAACUCAGUGCCAGUCUGCUUCACCAUGCCUACCCACCCUCACGGCCGCAGGAGAGUCCAGAACCCCCUUCUUGGUCUACCUCCCACUGCCUGCUCCAGAGCUGGCUAAGACCCCUGGUCUGUUGUGCCAACUGGGCCUGGGACCAGAGGAAGCCAAGAGCUUCCCUUUCCUGUGUCUCCCUAUUUCUGACAUCCCCAGGACCCCAAGUCUUGUGACUGCCAGUCUGGCUCCAGCUCAGACUGCGGCUGUGGCUCCUGCUGCUGCUCCGGAUUUACCAAGGACCAACCUCCCUGGAGUGACAGAUAUCCCCAGGACCCUGAGUUAUGUGGCGGCUGGAGCUCAGGAGCUACCACGGCUCCAGAGCUAUGCGGCUAACACCGCUGAAGUCCAGGAGCCACUGAGGACCCUCAGCUAUCUGGCUAACACCCCUGGAGUUCAGGAAAUACCACACAACCCCAGCUAUCUGAAAAACUCAGCUGUCUUCCAAGAUAUGUGCUUUAUGUGCCCCUCCGUUACCGCCUCCAAUCUGUCCAGGAACAAUAGCUUUGUGCACUCUCCGGCUGCCAUGGCUCCACAGCAGCUGAUUAGGGGCCCGUGUAUGAUGUCUCUGUACCCCCAGGGAGGGCCUGUGAUGGGCCACUGUACCCACUCCCCAGGACAGUGUCCUGCGUCUUUGCAGCAGCAGGCUGGCAUGGCUCCGCUCAACCACGGACAGCAGACCAACACCAACUUCAUGCCCAUUUGUUCUCAAGGGCCAAGCCUGUGUAGCUGCCUCGGCAGAACUGGCAGUCACUGGCGCCUCUGUCACCUGACGCGACCCGAGUCCCAGGGCAGGGUGGGCGGCAUGAUCUGCCCCUACCAGAACUCCCAGACCAUGAUGCACUGCAACAGCCUGGAUCACAUGGCCAACAUCCCCAUGUACCAGGACUGUGGCCACUACUCUAGCAGCUGCCACCUGCUGCCACCGUGCUCCCAGUCGUCCCACAGCAGCCUGCACACCCACCACGUGGCCGAGCCCCGUUGCUCUGCUCACAACCUGGGCACCUCCUUCGUCCAGCCCCAGAACUGCUCCUCCGACCCCCUCUUCCACUACCCCCAGCAGUACCACCUGGUGGCCACCCCCUCCCAGGAGAGGCAGCAGGCCCUGUGCCCUCUCCAGUGCCCACUGCUGCAGCAGCGCCACAGCUCCCUGCUCUUCUGUGGGCACCAGGGGGAGCUGAGCAGGCUGGGCUCCUCCAGCUGUGUCCCUGCCACCAACCAGAGACAGAACCAGGGAGGGGUGGAGCAGAAGAACAACAACCCCAGCUGCGUAUCGCUUCAUAACAAAAGAUUAGACACGAGCGCAAACAACAAUCAAGGCUGCGUCAUGAACUGCAAUCCCCAGGGCAACUAAUCCUGUCUUCACAUGAGAAGGACCUUAUUUUUGCAGUUGCCAAUGUCUCUUUUGCAUUCUUUUAAACUGAUAAUGAGGAAUAAAUAUACUUACAUUGCAUGAAUUUCGAUAGUGCACCGACCCUCAAUCAAUCACUACAAAAACAUACAACUUAAGGUAAUUGCAGCUAUGUAAAGGCAGUAGAUGGAGGGUAAACUUCCACAUUGAUACAAAAGUUUGACAAAGAUUCGGUAUUGGGCUGUUUAAAGAUAGAAUCCUUAGUCGCUAUAUCAAUUUUUGGACUCUAACUUAUAAAUCCCUCUCGAGCUUAGUUCAACUGUCGUACCCCAUCAGAAACCAAAAUAUAAGCUUGUUUUACUCCAAUGUUUGUAAACAAUGUAAACAAACACUUUAUACCCUCCAAACAUGGUUCAAACUAUAAUUUUGAUAUCACUGAUGGUCAGUCCUUACGUCAAUGGCUCUGUCUAUGAAUUUGAGAGAGGCAUGGAGAAAUGUAACCAAUCUCUCAACUUUUUACCAAAACAGUGGCGAGGUGUCACUUUGUUCUAUUUUUAAACUAAGGAUUCUAGCUUUAGGACCACUGUUUCUAUGGAAUGAAUAGAACCAUUGCAACACUCACAAAAUGAGUCAUAAUGUCACAUCCAUGUUGCAUAGUAACAGAUUCCAUGGGUGGAAGUGGGAGUAAAACAAGAAGAAAUAGAAAAUCACCAUCAAACUUUAAAAUCUGACUUAGACAGUCUGGACUGACUGAGCCUAAGGCCAUGUCAUCCUUCUAACAUCUGCUCAGUUACUCGUCAGAACUCAAAAUGACCUGUUCGCCAGGUUGUUAGGACAUAGAUCCAAAUGUUGCAUGGGGUAAGGAAUGCAUUAAAUAGAAAAGCUCAAUUAGCUUGCAGGUAAUGUUAGCUAUUAUACAUGUUGUUUGUUUCCCUGCUAUUGAAGCUCAUCACAACAUUAUUUGACUAUCUAAUGAGAAGAUGUUAGAGCAACUACACCAUAUUAUUUAAAAAGUACAACCAUACGGUAUACAGAAAGUGAUACAUUGUUACUUUUGGCUUUGUUGUGGUGGAUGAGCUAAACAAUGGAACAUUGCCCGUGUCUGUCGAUUGCCACCAACAACAACAAGCAAAACUCUCUAUGCAAGUGCCCACUACCAGUUACCAACAACAAGCAAUACUAUCAUUACCAGUGCCUACUGCCAGUUCAAUGAAAAAGGAUUUCAACUCUACAGUCUGACCUUCAACUCUCACUGAGCCAAAGUACAGUCCACUCAAUCCAACUGGGACAACAGCUGGUUCAGAACCAAAGGAGAGAGUCAAAUCUCCCCAAACAUGACAACAGAGAAAAUAAAUAAAGAGGUCAAUCGAACUCAACCUAAAAAAUGGAAUCACCAAGGAAAUGUGUGGGGUAAAGAUCCCAAACAUAUUCUUAUUCAUUCCUUUACACUUGUGUGUUUUAAGGUAGUUGUUGUGAAACUGUUAGAUUACUUGUUAGAUAUUACUGCACGGUUGGAACUAGAAG